CUCCAGCUAAUCAACAAUCAAGCUUCGUCGUCGAGCCACCACAAGAGUCAAAACUCGAAGACACCGACGCGCUCGGUACACCCGCCCGGAAAGUAGCGUCGGAUCGCAGGCUACUGUAGCUCCCAAUGGCGCUACUUCGUCGUUUCCUCCUUCUAGCGGGCCUUCUCCUCGUCGCCGUCACCGGCGGCGCUGGCCUCGGCCACGCGCGCUACGACCGCGUCUUCAGCUUCGGCGACUCGCUCACCGACACCGGCAACUCUGCCAUCCUCCCGAUCACCGCCGGGGGCUCCUUCACCAACCCGCCUUACGGGCAGACCCACUUUGGCCGACCCAACGGGAGGGCCUCCGACGGCCGCCUCGUUAUCGACUUCAUCGUGGAGUCGCUGGGUUUGCCGCCACCGACGCCGUACCUCGCCGGCAAGACCGCGCUCGACUUCCUGCACGGCGCCAACUUCGCGGUGGGCGGCGCGACGGCGCUUGAGCCGGCGUUCCUGCAGAGCAGAGGGAUCACAUCGUUCGUGCCGGUCUCUCUCACCAACCAGACGAGCUGGUUCAACGGUGUUCUGCAGCUUCUCGACUCCACGGUCAACGGGAAGCGGGAGAUCAUGGCGAGGUCCCUCUUGUACCUGGGAGAGAUCGGAUUCAACGACUACUCUUUCGUCGCCGUCUUCGGCAACGACACCGCGGGUCUGGCGCAGAGUCUGGUGCCGCACAUCGUCGGCGCCAUCCGUUCAGUCCUGACCGACGCGAUCGGUGUUGGAGCGCGGACGAUGGUGGUGGCGGGGAUGAUACCGAUGGGCUGCGAGCCGGAGCUGCUGGCCAUGCUACCCGGCGGCGCGGGCGACUACUACGACCUGGCGUCCGGCUGCAUCACGCGGUUCAACCAGCUCGCCCAGCUGCACAACCGCGCGCUCAAGCGCAUGCUCUGCCAGCUCCGGCGAGACCACCCCGGCACGGCCAUCCACUACGCCGAUCUGUACCGCCCCAUCACCGCAGUCGUGUCCUCGCCGGGAAAAUACGGCUUCGGCGACAUGCCCUUGGCAGCGUGCUGCGGCGGCGGCGGGGGCCCGUACAACUUCAACUUCACCUUCUUCUGCGGCACUCCGGCGGCGACCGCGUGCGCCGAUCCGUCGAGGUCCGUUUCGUGGGAUGGGAUCCAUUACACGGAGGCUGCAAAUAAGUUCGUUGCCCUCGCCAUGCUGAGGGGAUUGUAAUGAGCCAUCAACGGACAAAACGCAAACAAAGGUUGGACAGCACAUACUGAGUGGUUGGUGCAGCAAUGCUACACAUACAUAAGUUUAUAUAGGUUUUAUAAAGAGGUGGUUUUUGAUUAAAGAUUAAGGGGAAUGAGGGCCCAUCCCCUUGAAAAUCAAGGGGGAAUGGUUAGUUAGAAAGAAAGAAUCCUAGUCAGCGUGUAAUCUCAUGUAACUCUUUGUAUGUCUAGCAUUUUCAAGGAGGGUGGGACCCUCAUUCCUCUUAAUCUCCAAUCAAAAUCCACCUCUUUAUAAAAUCUAUGUAAACUUAUGUAUGUGUAGCAUUACUGGGUGGUUGGUGUUGUAGAUGUAUUGAAAAAAAGAGUUGUUUGUAAAUUUUAUUUACACCCUUCAUUCA